UGGGCUGGAGCCGAGGGCGCCGCCAUCUUGCGUUACGGUGGGAGCAGCGGAGGAGGAAACCCCCGGGGAGCCUCGGGUCCCCGGAUGUUCCGUCCUCUCCGCAACUCAAGAUGGCGGCGCCCAGAUGCCGCUCCCUCUCCUCCUGCCUCACCAUUCACCGACCCCGUUUAGGAGCGAGACCGCCCCGUCCCCUGCGUCGGUGUUUCCAGCCAGCCCCUGGGUCUCUCCACGCCCCAGACCCGCCUCUGCCCGUGAAGCCCCCACAGCGCCUCGUGGGGCAGGAGCGGCGCCCAGGGGCCUCUGCCAGCUCCUGCCCGUUGCUCUCUCUUUGGGGCCUUCAGAGCACAGGGCCCCCAGCCCGCCGCGAGGGACCGCCGCGCUCCGCUGGGCUGAGAGUUGAAGCGCGAGUGCUGCCUGGGCACCCUGCAGCCUGACCUCCAGCCUCGUUGUGGCUGUGGUCAGUCCUUGACUUGCAUCUCACGGUUUCGUCCUUGAAUGUCCCCCUUACACCCUGAGCUCCAGCUUUAACCCAGAGCAGGCUUCAGUCUCCUACCUGCCCAUGGCUCGUCCAUCUGCCUGAUCCAGCACUGUGGGUCCAGGUGCAUAGCUCUGCCCUUGGGCUCGUGAUAGAUGGACCGCCUGGUAGGAUGCCUGUGUCCCUGUGAAGGCUGCACCCUGGCCUGCCUGGAGAGGAAAACCUGAUACUAUGGAGGGGGAAGAAAGGCAUGGCACUCCUGGCAUGGAGGAUUCAGACCAGCGGCUGGUUCUUGGUAUGAACGAGAGGGAUGGACGACAAACGCCUCCCGGGCAGCUACGGACAUCUGCAGAGGAGGGUCAGAAGCCGGGGACACCUAUCCCUGAAGACGUCUGCCGUGGGGAAAGUGCCAAGACACCUCAGAGAGGUGGGGAAGAGGAGGAAGAAGAGCUGGACCCCAGAAUACAGCUCCAGAGUCUGGCCCUUUACCUCGUGCCGUAUAAGCUCUGCUCAGUGGAAAGAAGCAGGUCCCAGAGACAGAUGGAGGCAACGGAAGGGAAUUUGUAUAAGAAUUACCUUGAUUCUGCACAACAGCACCUACCUCUGGAGGAGCUGGAACACCUCAACCAGGCCAAUGAGGAAAUCAACCGUGUGGAGCUGCAGUUGGAUGAUGCUAGAACCACAUACCGUAGGAUCCUCUCUGAAUCUGCCAGGAAGCUGAAUGCACAGGGCUCACAGCUGGGUAACUGCAUCGAGAAAGCGCGGCCCUACUAUGAGGCACGUCGCCUGGCCAAGGAGGCCCAGCAGGAGACGCAGAAGGCAGCACUGCGGUAUGAGCGGGCAGUCAGCAUGCACAACGCUGCCCGCGAGAUGGUCUUUGUGGCUGAACAGGGCGUCAUGGCAGACAAGAACCGGCUGGACCCCACCUGGCAGGAGAUGCUCAACCAUGCCACCUGCAAGGUGAAUGAGGCAGAGGAGGAGCGGCUGCGCAGCGAGCGGGAGCACCAGCGCGUUACCCAGCUAUGUCAGCAGGCUGAGGCCAAGGUGCAGGCCCUGCAGAAAUCCCUCAAGCGUCUCAUUGUCAAGAGCAAGCCCUACUUUGAGCUCAAGGCCCAGUUCAACCAGAUCCUGGAGGAACACAAGGCCAAGGUGACAGGGCUGGAGCAGCAAGUCUCCCAUGCCAAGAUGCGCUACUCGGUGGCGCUGCGCAAUCUGGAGCAGAUCAGUGAGCAGAUCCACGCCCGGCGCCUGCAGCGCCUUGUUGUGCGCCGUGCCUCGCCGGUGGGAGCUGAGGCCAGCCCUCUCUAUUUGGGGGCAGAAGGGGGUGCCCGGCUGGGGGCCGAGUGCCCCGCUGCAGACACGCUCUCGGUGCUCAGCCUGCAGACCAUCGCUUCUGACCUGCAGAAGUUCGACUCAGUAGAGCACCUGCUUGGCCUGUCUGAUGCCACCAGCCUCAACAGUGAUGAGAUGGAGGAGCGGGAGCAGCGCCGGGCCGGGCACAGCCAAUUCAAGCACCACCGCAGCAUCAGUCUCUAACCCCCCUGCCCUGCUGCCUCACCCUGUUCCUUCCCCUCAGGUUGCCUGGAUGGAAGGGACGUGGGGUCCAGGCGGGAAGGGGUCAUUGCGGCUGGCUCUGGAGAGGCCAUAGGACAUAGGAGCUAGUGCUCUGCAGCCUCCCUACCAUGUUAAGCCACGGUCUCCAGAGACUUUACCUCCCAGGGUCCACUGCUGGCCCUGCCUGAGCUGUGUCCUGGAGGCUGUUAGCUCCAUCUUACCACAUCCUCUGGGUCCUCCACGGCAGGGCUUUGGUUAGAGCCUGCGUGUCCUUUUAUUGCAGCUGAGUCACCUGCAGGCUGUGGCCACCUGGGUCUGGGAGCGUGGCAGGCUAGGAGCUGCAGUCUCCCUGCACUACUGUGUGUCCAGAGCAGACAGUACCAGCACUGCUAGUUUUUACGCACGCUCCUUGUGGCUCUGUGGUGUCACCAGCCUUGCUGGGCAUGUCUUGGCUCUGUGGGGGAAGGGGGGAGGGCAUUGGUGGGCUGAAAUAUGCUGCUGCCAGAUACACUACAUCUGAUCAAUGUGGGGAACAGGGAGGGGCAAGUCCUGAGCAGGUGUAUCCCCAUGGGGAUACACCCAGGCUCCAAGCUGUAGGACAAGGGAUGAACUGAUAUCUGCCCUCUUACCUGCUGCCCUGCUUUAGCCCCUGAACAAGGUGCAUGCUCUGUUCACAGGGAAAGGGGGUCCAGUAGCAGUGACCUUGACAUACAGCGGUGGCCUGUAGACCUUGCCCUUCCCUGGCCCACCCUGGGGACUCAUGCCCUCUUUCCAGGACCUCUGUGGCCCUUGCUGGGGUGGGGAGAGGGAAGAGUCCUGUGUGCAGGAUUCACCCUCUUCUUGCAGAGCUGCUCAGUACAUUGCAGUGUACUGGGGAACCUGGGAGGGCCAGCCCCUGCCCUGAGAAUAUUGGUGCUUAGUGCCCUAGGUUGCUCUCCUUGUGGCAGAGAGUACAGAGGUAGCCAGCGUAAAAAUCACAGCCUUCAGCAGUGCUCAAGGGCACCAGGGCUCAAAGCCACCUAUGGACCUUUCAGCCAAGCGCCUUUGCCAAUGAGGUGGGCAGGCGCAGGUCCCCUGGGGGGCAGUUCUUCACCCCCCCCCGGGACGCAAGCUGAUGCCAAACGGCCUUUAUCCUUCCCUAACCCUGUCCCAUCUCCCCCCAAGGUCACAAUUCCUACUCCAGUCCUCCUUCCUGCGAAGAGACAAGUACUGUCCAAGCUGCGUGAAACUCCAUUUGCACUAGUGGGCUGCAGGGAGGGGGACAGCAGGGUGUCAACUGGGCUGGGAGUUUCCUGGGCACUGCCACCCACGCUGUCCUGGAAGUCAGGGCUGCCUCCUCUCUGUGACGGGUGCCCCUCAUGGGGGGCUGUUGCUGCUGCUGCCGCCGCUGUGGCCUGAUGUGUUGGUGUACUGUGGCUGUGAUGAAAACUGAUGGUUUGAGGCAGCCCAGUGACUGUGUGUGAGUGAGCGGCUGUGCUGUGUAUUUUAUUUAAAGUAAAGUUUACGCCCCAGAGAA